UCACUGCUCCACAUUUCUUAUAAUCCACUCUGAAUUCAAAUCGCUUUGUUAAUUUCUUCAGAAGAGCACAAAGGCUUUAAAGUUUUUGUCGGUCAUAUUGUUUGACAGAUAUGGCAAAACUAGACAAAGUCGUGCUAUUUUUAGUUAUCUCCUUUAUGACAGUUUGCUGUGGCGACUCUCAGAACCGAAUCAUUAUUGGAGGACGCGAGUACUUCAUCCAGGCAGACCUGUAUGACAGGUCCGGUGCAGCCAGCUAUUGUCAGUCCCAAGGCGCCCAGCUUAUCGUGUUUGAAACCGAAAAGGAACAACUUGACAUCACCAGUUAUUUGUACACGUUUGAUUAUCCCUAUAUGAGAACAUACUGGACGGAUGGGAUCAGAUCGCAAAUCAAUUUAAACAUGUUCAUCUGGGAAACUUCUGGCGUGGAAAUCGAACAAGUUUUGUGGGCACCGAAAGAACCGAGCGAGAGCCUGGACAACUGCUGCGCUUAUUUUUUGCCUCAGGAUGUGAAACUAGUAACCGGUGCCGACUUUUUCACUCAUAGUGUUAUUUGCGAAAAAUAUUGACUUUCAUGGCUCAAACUCUCUUCCUUUUUAGCGCUUUUAAGCAUUGUUUUUUAGUUCUUGAUUGUUUAAAUAAAUAUUUAUGCUUUAUAUUACAAAAAUCAUGGCAACAAUGCAAAUAAAGAAUUUAAUUUCUUAGA